CUCUUCUCAUCACAAGCCACAAGCCAAGCGAGCGAGCUAGCCCUCCUUGUCCAGCAGCUCGCAAACAUAUCUCAGAGAUGGCGUCGAUGUCGAUGAGCUCGUCGAGGCCGCAGUGGACGAAGAAGCAGGACAAGCUGUUCGAGCAGGCGCUGGCGGUGUACGACAAGGAGACGCCGGACCGGUGGCACAACAUCGCGCGCGCCGUGGGGGGGAAGUCGGCGGAGGAGGUCAGGCGCUACUACGAGAUCCUGGUCGAGGACGUCAAGCGCAUCGAGGCCGGCAAGGUGCCCUUCCCCGCAUACAGGUGCCCCGGCGGCGGUGCCCCCGCCAACAUGACCAUGGGCGGCUACUAGGCCGAGACGACAUGACAGGAUGAACUCAGAAGCACCUGAAGAAUCUAGGCGACAUUCAAGUCGUCAGUGGGCGUGCCUACAAAGAGAGCAACUCAAGCAAAAGCAAAGUGGCCGGAGCAUCCGAUCCGAGCCCGCAUGUGAAUAUCUACCGCUAUCUAGCUAGUUUGCAGAUCAAUCGAUCUCCCAUGUAGUAUGCAGUAGUCUGUUCAUCUAUUGUAAAAUAUCUGUAUGUGUAUAAUGUAUCUUUGAGUAAAAGUGAAAUAAAAAGUCCUUCAUUCUGCAUCCAGUUAA